UCUGUAUAUAGCAGCUGUCUGGGUGCAGGCACAGAGGCGAGGCCCUGCAGCACCCAUACUUUGUCUCAGCUCUACUUGACCACCCUCAUCUGCAACAAUCAUGGGAACCGUAAAGAACAUGUUCUUCAGUGUUGGACAAACCCUGACUGUUGUUGGAGUGGCUAAACCGGACGCUACAAACUUUGAGGUAAACAUUGGCCCUAAUGAGCAAGAUAUUAUUCUGCACUUCAACCCUCGUUUUAAUGCCCACGGAGACGAGAAUGCAGUCGUCUGCAACUCGUUUGAAGGAGGCAGCUGGUGUGAGGAGGUCCGCCCGGAYGGCUUUCCCUUCCAACAAGGAGAGGAAUUCAAGAUUGCCAUCGAAUUCACCCCUGCAGAGUUUAUUGUGUCUUUAACAGAUGGCUCCACAUUCAGCUUUCCAAACCGCACCGGUGCGGARACAUGCUCCGUCAUCCGCUUUAAUGGAGAAGUUAACAUCAGAAGUGUUGAGAUCAAGUAGACUGCCAUCGUCCAAACAGUUUGUGGACUGAACCUCAGAUAACAAGAUGAUCAAGGUUUUGGAAGUAUACCAAAGAAGGCUUGGCUUUUUUAACACAUGCUAUGUUGACACCACAUGAAUGUGAUYGCAAAUAUGUACUUAUGAAUAGAUGGUACAGGGCUCCUAUAUAUCUGCACAGGAAAUAUGUUCACAGCUGUAGAGCAGAAAGUUGUUGGCUGAAAAGCAAAACUACGUUUUGUUUUUGUUAAUUAGCAUUGCAGUUUCAAAAGAACCCGAUGCAAUGUGCGUAUAUACAUACACAUCUAACGCUUACAUUUCCUGGCACAAUAAAAACAAUUUAUUCAAYAGCA